AUGAGCAACUACCAGCCGGUCCCGACCUCCGGCGCCCACCCCGACGUCCCCGGCGCGGGGUACCCGCUCGCGGUGGAAUGGAGCGACGGCCUCGGCGGAUGCUUCGCGGACUGCGGCGUGUGCUGCAUGGGGUGGUGGCCGCUCGGAUGCGCGCAGCAUCUCUUCGCGACGAACGUCCGCGCGGAAGGCAGCGAGCCGUACUCCAGCGCGUUCGUGAAAGCGUUGGGUUUAACGCUCGUGUUCCCGACGUUGACGUCCGCGAUCGCGACGACGUCCGCGACCGCCGCGCAGGCGAUGAGCCCGCUCAACACGAUCGCGCACUGCGUCUUCGCGUGCUACGGGAUGGCGCACCGACAAGAGAUGCGACGACGGUUUAACAUCCGAGGGACGGACUGCUGCUGCGACUGCUGCGCGUGCGCGUGCGACGGGAACUCGGAGAAGACGGACGACUUCUGCGUCUACCUGUGGUGCGCCGCGUGCGCGAUAUGCCAGGAGGCGAGACACGUUCGGAGGUACUCGUUGGGCAUCCGCGCGAGGCGCGGCGGCGGCGGCGGGAUGAGCGCGGGCGGGAGCGGGUACGGGCCCGUCGGCGGAGCGCACGGCGCGAUGGACGUCCCCGUCGCGACGGUGAUCCGACAGGGGAACAUCUCCCCGGGGAACACGUCCAAGAACGCGUGAGCGAAGACGCGGCGCGAUCGACGCCGGCGUUCAGGGUACGCGAUCGUCGCGCGCGACUCGUUUGUAAAACAAAAGAAUUGAUGGCAU